CCACCUUGGUCCUCGAUGCUUUCUGACGUACCCUUGCGAGUGGCAUCAACGAAUAAUAAUAUCCAUCAACUACAACUACUCUCAUGCCUGUGCCUUCAUUGUCAAGUCUCUGGCUAACGCCUGCCAAGAAGAUGGCAGCACCAAUGGUUGUACAGCCAGCAGCAUCUGCGUCAACGUCGACUGAAAUCUAUAACUGGACUUAUAAACAAGCGGAAGAAGCUACAAUACUUUGUUUUGUGAGAGACAUACAUGCAAUGACUCAGCACAUUGCCAAAGAUGAAACCUUUUUCUGGCUGGGUAAGGUGCCAUGCCGAAGGGUCAACUUUGUUGGAAUUGUAGUUGGAGUCCAGGACACCGGGAAACGGAUCAAGAUAUCUGUGGACGACGGAACAGCGGUUAUUGAUUGCAUUCAGUCUAUUACAUCAACACCAACACCUACUCCUGCGUGCCCAUUAUCUUCCCCGAAACCGACCGCUCUUCCAGCACCUAACACUGCCAUACGGGUAGGCCAUCUUGUUCGCGUUAAAGGCAAAAUCGAAGAGUGGCAUGAUACCAAGGAAAUCAAGAUCGAUGACAUAGGCAGUAUAGAACAGUGCAAGUCCUUCAAUGAAGAACCCCUUCAUUGGCAGCGUGUUUCCUCGUUGCAUAAGACGUACUACUCUUCACAAGAACCUUUUGUUAUUCCAAGUGCCACGAACGAUACGCAGAAUCAGGACGUUGACGCACGUAUGUCCCAACCAUCGAUAGAUGCCGAAUAUUUCUCGCCAAUUCAAGAGUCACAGACCCCGCGCUCUCCACAGAGUCCACACAAAUUCAAACAUCCCUCUCGCCUUCCUUCAUCGCAGUUGACUGACAACACGUUUCGACUCUACCUCCAAUAUUACAUGCAAAAUCCACCGCAUGCAACUUCUCACGCAAGGUCCAUACCAGAUACGUAUGUUGAGCCUGACUCCACGCUCCGGCCCCGUAACCAUCACUUGCGAACGUCAUCAGACAUCGGUGGAUUUACACUCUCAUACUUGCGUCGAGUCCCUGAACUGUCCAAUAUGGCGAAACUGGUCGUCCUCGCUGAUAUCAAGAAAUCACGCAGAAAAGAGAGAGAAGCUGCCAAAGAAUCGUCCCAGAGUCUUAGAAAAUCUCAGAAACCGAGCAGGGAGCGUUUGGGUCCGAAGAAGAAACAACUGUUUAUCAGAGCCCUUGUGGAACUUAUGAAAGAAGGCAGUAUCAUAGUCUGGGAUGGACCUAAUCAUCCACUUUCUACCGCUUCCUUACUUGGACCUUGGAAAUCCACGUCUGCUCAUAACAUAUGUGCCAGCACCGGUAUCUCUUCCACGGCGAUGUCGUCCACUUCCAUAUCCACGCUGCAGGAAGACGACGACCCACUUUCUGAUCCAGAACCAACGGAAGAGUCAUAUGUACCGUCAACGCCACAGUAUACGGCGGAAGUAGUGGAAAAAGCGAUGGUGAAGAUGAAUGCACUUCCACCGGAUCGUCGGAGACCUUUGAACCGCCGGACAAUAGCCGGGUUUCUUCAAACAACUGAUGACCGUUGGAAGAAUCUGGGGGAUUGGGCUGUUCAAGACGCCCUGGAGUUUCUGCGGACCAAGAAUAGAGUGAGGUUCGCUGGUACUAAAGGAAACUGGGAGUUGUGUCCGUGACUAGUCUCGCCCUUUUUCGUUUACCUCUUUGCUACAGCCACUUGUAUUGAACCCAGGCAGGCAGUUCUAUACCGCGGACAGCUGUGUUUACCAUGAAUGUGACUUAGAAUUCAUGGAUUCGUUC